AUGAAGCUUCUUGUACUCUCUCUUGCCUUCGUUUCAGCUCUAAGCCAUGUUAAGGGCGAUAAGCCAGUUUGGGCGGAUGAAGCAGCAAAUGGAGCACACCAAGAUGCAGUGAAGCAUCUCAAAAAUAGUCUUGACGAUGCUUACGACAUGGUAAAAGCGACCUAUAAGAAUGACCCAGUGUGGGGAAAUAACUUCAGAUGCUUGUAUGCUGAAUUUGACAGCUUUAAUGAGGACGAGAAGAGCGUUGACGCAUGGUUUAUGUUUAUUAAUGAUGCUGAUGCACUUUACCAAACUUCUCAAGAAAAGGCAACUGCAGUUAAAAUGUACGGCUACAAUAAGGAAAACGCCAUCACAUACGUGACAGAAGAUGGACAAGUUUUCACAGACGUCCUCGCAUUCUCUGACGAUAAUUGCUACGUGGUUUACGCUCUUGGCGCAGACGGAACUGAGGGAGGUUACGAGCUAUGGGCCAAAGAUUCUAACAAUGUUCCAACCAGUUGUCUGGAAAACUUCAAUGAGUACGCUGCCGGUCUACCGGUGCGGGACGUAUUCACAAGUGAUUGCUUUCCAGAGAGAGAAGAAUAA